UGUCUGCGGAGGUUAACGAAAACGAGAUUCUUCUAGAGAAAAAUACUGAAACGACAACGACAUUGAUUCAAAAGUUCAAUAACAGAGCAACUUGCAUUGGCAUAAUACCGCGAAGUGCACAGUAUGCAAAGGGAGAAGAUUAUGAAAUAAGAUUGAAUAAAAAUGUCGAGAAAUUGGAAGACAUGACCAAUAUAAAUAUAACAAAUGCUAUUGUGCCACUGUUAUCUGAUCUUCGGAACGAACUCAACAAAGAAUACAAUGAAUUGCAAACAAAGCAGGCUGACCUUGAUCAUGAGAUACAAAAACAAAAAGAUGCAAUUGCUACUAAACAAAGUGGAUUGGAAGAGAUUAGCAGGCAGAUUAAUGAUUUGAAUAUAGCAUACGAAGAAGAAAAAACGGCAAUGGAUCAAGAAGCUGAAACGUCGGCAGAAUACCUGAGUACAACGGCGGCUAAAUUAAAACACCUGAAAAUACAUGGAGCAAAAUCUCUAACUGAAACGCAACAGGAAUAUCAGCAAAUACAGAUCGAAUGCGAUCGAAUGGAACUAGAAUAUAAUUCAAAAAUUGAAUUAGCGAAUAAGCUGUGUGCAGCGAUUGAAGAAAAUCAACUAAAAAUGAGACAACAAAUUAAAUCAUCAAGUCAGAAAAGAGCUGUAUCGUCGUCGUCUACUGCGAUGGAUUUUUUCUUGCAAAUAACGCCUCCAUACCACAAAACUUUAAAAGUCCGGAAAGACAGGCGUGUGCCCAUACAACACUCACCCAUCCUGGAACGCGACUCGCACUCCCGCAGGGCUAGAAGCAGGAGCCAUUCCACAUCCAGUACUCAGCAUUCAUCUCCUCUUACUAUAGCGAACUCUGCUUCUGCUGCAGUAUCUACGACCUAUUCUAAUCCUGCGAUCUCAACCGAAGCUUCUGCAUCCUACUCUUCACUCUUGACGUCGCCUUUAGAUACGAGUCCCGUCUUACAUAACGACGAAAUUCAACGACAGACAAGAAGCGUGCAUCGCCGAGACGAGUUUGAAGAGUUUCCCAAUAGUAACUCGGACGAAGAACUACACAGGGCGAAACGACCAAGAAUUGAGGGAUUGAAUACUGAGGCGAAAAUAAAUAUGCGGAUCAAUCAGAAUGAGAAUGGAGUUGGGGGAAGUGCGAAUGGUGUUUCGCACGUAUCUAAUGGAGAUACGAAAGAAUGUGCCAAUGGACAGGCUGUUAUUAAAAAGAAUGAAAAUUCAAGGAAGAAAGAGCUUGUGAGACUAAUUGUGCAGUCUUUGCAGGAUAUGGGCUAUAGUCAAUCAGCAUCGUUACUUGAGAGAGAAUCUGAAUGUAAGCUCGAAAGUCAAGCCGUUGCGCAAUUCAGGGAGGGAGUGCUGAAAGGCGAUUGGGAUCUUGUAGAAAGUCUUUUACCAACGUUGGAAUUGGAUCAGAGCAAAGAUGCUGUGGUCGUUAAGUUUCUGAUUAGGGAACAAAAAUACCUUGAAUUAUUGGAAACUAGACAAUUAUGGGAGGCACUUACGGUGUUGAGAGAAGAACUUACUCCACUUAAUCAUAAUAUUCCACGACGCCAUGUGCUUUCUAGUGCGGAAGACUUAAAGAGAAGAGCGGAUUGGGAUGGUGCAAAAGGAAACUCACGCCAGAAGUUGUUACUGCAACUGCAAAAAUAUAUUUCCCCGUCAGUUAUGGUUCCAGAACAUCGGUUAGAAACGCUUUUAGAUCAGGCAUUAAUGCUGCAAAGAAUACAGUGUCUAUAUCAUAAUUCGGAUGACCAUAUUACAUUAUAUUCGGAUCAUAAUUGCGACAGGUCGCAAUUCCCGACAGUCACUACCCAUAUAUUUGACCAGCAUAAGGAUGAAGUGUGGUAUGUCGCAUUUUCUAAUGGUGGAAAAUAUCUUGCAUCGGCUUCAAGAGAUAAAACUGCUAUUGUAUGGAGUUUGGAGAGUUGGGAGUUGGUUCAUAUACUUGAGGACCACGAAGACUAUGUUUCAUUUUUAUCAUGGUCUCCUGACGAUUCAAUGCUGUUGACUUGUGGACAAGAUAAUCUGUUAAAAUUAUGGGAUACAAAGACAGGAAAGUGUCUUAUUACAAUGUCAGAACAUAAGGAUGCGGUUACUGCAUGUGCAUGGCUUCCCGACGGAAAAUCUUUUAUCAGCGGGUGCCAGGACAAAGUUACAAUAUUAUGGAGCCUAGAUGGCCAUAUUCUACAUAGAUGGACAGGUACACGUCUCAUGGAUCUCGCGAUAAACAAAGAAGGCACUCGCAUGGUGGCUAUUUGUCACUCCAUGAAAAUACAUAUUUACAAUUUAAUAACAAAGAUGGAAGAGGAACCAAUUGAAGAGACAGCCCAUGUCACAUCUGUUUGUUUAUCGGAUGACUGUAGAUAUGCUUUGGUGAACCUAGCAACGAGUGAGAUACACCUUUGGGAUAUUGAAGAAAAACAUCUGGUUCGAAAAUACUUUGGUCAGAAACAAGGGAAAUUUGUCAUUAGGUCUUGUUUUGGCGGACUUGGCCAAGGUUUCGUUGUCAGCGGAAGUGAAGAUUCUAAUAUCUAUGCGUGGAACCGACAACAUACUACGCUGCUUGAAGUGUUGUCUGGACAUCGUGGAAUAGUAAAUAGCGUGAAUUGGAAUCCAGUCGACCCUCACAUGUUUGCAUCGGCCGGUGACGACCACACAAUUCGGAUAUGGGGAAUAUCAGAUCCUGCUGACAGAAAGGAGAAGAUUACAACGGCAUGA